AUGACAGCGUUCGAUGAGGAGUCGAAGGUAGCCACCCCGAUCCAAAAUGGGCAUUCCAAAGAUUUUGCUGGCGACGGGGUCGGUCCAGACACCAUCGACUGGUACGGCCCCGACGACCCCGAGAACCCAUACAACUGGCCCCUGCGGAAGAAGUGGACAAUCACCGCCGUCGGGAUCAUGGCGACGUUCACCACGAUUCUCAACGGGACCAUGAUCACUGUGGCCCACGAGGCCAUUAACGACGAGUUCCACGUCAGCGACGCGACGUUUCCCAACUCGUACUGGCCCGUCACCAGCUGGGCUCUGGCAGGAGGCCUGUGCGGCCUGGUUGUCCUGCCGCUGAUGGAGGACUUUGGCGUGCGGCCGGCGUUCCUCACCACGUACGUCGUCUUCGUCUGCUUCGUCGUCCCGCAGGCGGUGGCGCAGAAUUUCGCGACGCUGAUCGUCUCCCGCUUCUUCUCUGGCGGAUGUGUGUCCGUCCUCUCCAACACAGCCGCCGCCCUGAUCGGCAAUAUUUGGGAAGGCGACCGUGCCCGCACCAUCCCCUUGAGCCUCUUCGUCACGCUCUACCUCGCCGGGAGCAGCAUGGGGCCCGUGAUCGCCGGGGUCAUCUACGAUAACCUAUCGUGGCGCUGGAUCUCGUACGUGCAGGUGGUCCUGUACGGCGCCCUUUUCCCCAUCUACGUCUUCUUCUUCCAGGAGAGCCGGGGCAGCAUCAUCCUCCAGAAGCGCGCCUGGAAGCUGCAGAAGGCCGGCGUGUCGAUCCUCGGCCCCCACGACGGGAACCACCUGAGUCUGCCGCGCAAAUUGAUCCGGAGCACGAAACGGCCGCUGCGGAUGCUCUUCACCGAACCCGUCCUCUUCGUCUUCACGCUGUGGUCGGCCUUCAUGGUCGGCACUGUCUACCUCUUCACCCAGUCUGUCGAGCAGGUCUUCGCGGGCCUGUACGGCUGGACGGCCUCGCAGGCUGGCUACGUCCAGGCAGCGGUGGUCAUCGGCGAGUGUGUCGGUUGGGCUGGCGUUCUCGUCAACGCAAAGCUGUACUUUGCCUCUGUGUCCCGCAACACGGAAGUGCCCGGGACACCGAUCCCCGAGGCGCGACUGUAUGUGAGCAUUGUGGGAAGUUUCGUCGGCGUGGCCGGCGGCAUGUUUGUCUACGGAUGGACCGCCUCCCCUUCGGUGCCCUGGAUCGCACCGGCUAUCGGGCUCGCCAUGGUCGGAUUCGGGGUGAACGUGGUGGUGGUGGCGAUCGCCGACUACGUGGUGGACGCGUACGCGAAAUACGCGGGCAGCGCAUGCGCGGCAGUGGUGCUGGGCGAGAACCUGUUCUCGGCCUUCCUGCCCUUGGCCGCCCAGAGCAUGUACGGUAACCUGGGCUUCCACUGGGCCAGCAGCCUGCUGGGCUUUCUGGCCCUGCUGCUCUCAUUCGCCCCCGUGGCUAUCCUGCUCAUGGGCCGCAGGCUGCGCGAGCGCAGUCCCUUCAUGAAGGAGGCCAUCGUGCUCAGGAGGGAGUACUCGCGCACGACGAAUUGA